CAAUUUAUGGGAACUAUUUUUCGAGGUGCCCGUUGGUUCGGUGUCGCCGGAAGCGAUAGCAUACUGUGGCAACUGUGGGGUGUCUGUGUGUUAAUUUUGUUGAUAGCAAUACAGUGCGGCGCUAUUGUGAAAGUUAUUCGAGCCUUGGCCGGCUGGGCAAGGGACACAAGCAAUCAAAGAAGCGUAACAGCUCGUUUAGCGGGUGCAAUGUUCUACGCCGCUUCUCUGCUGUCUCAGAUAUUGUGUUGGAGAUUGUCCUAUCAAUGGAGAAGCUUGGUCAAGUUUUGGGCGUCGAUAGAAUGGGUGCUCAGUAUCAAAUAUGUACCACAGGAUAGGAAUUUACGAGGGCGUUUGAUUGCAGUCUCGGUUUUUCUAAGUGGUUUUGCAAUGGUGGAACACCUUUUGAGUAUUUUAUCAACAACGGGUCUUGAUUGUCCUUUUUCGGACAUUUUAAAGAUGUAUAUAUUAAAAUCACAUGGAUUUUUACUCAUGGAACAGGAUUAUGACAACGCGAUAGCUGUACCAGUGUUCUUUAUAAGCAACGUUGCGACCGUACUAUGGAACUUUCAGGAUCUCCUGAUUGUGCUUAUUAGUAUAGGCUUGGCGUCUAGGUACCAUAGACUUAAUAUGUGCGUGGCGACUGUGUGCACGAAACUCAAGGAAGAGAAGUGGUCUAAGGACGCAGAAGUUUUGCAAGUGUACAUGUGGCGGAAGAUUCGAGAAGCCUACGUGAAGCAGGGGAUACUCGUGAGGAAGGUGAACGACGCCCUGGGCUCAUUGAUACUCUUCUCUAAUUUCUUCAACUUUUAUUUCAUCUGCUUGCAAUUGUUCUUGGGUAUUACGCAAGGAAUGUCAGGAGACGGUUUCCAGCAAAUCUACUACCUAGUAUCGUUGCUCUGGGUUUGUUUACGGUCGGGUUGCGUGGUUCUCGCAGCCGCUGACGUCUACGAACAUUCCAGAAGGGCGCUGCCAUGUUUAUAUUCGUGUAAUGCACGAUGCUUCAAUAUUGAGAUUGAAAGGCUUCAGGAUCAGCUAAGCAAAGACAACGUCGCCCUUAGCGGUUUAGGGUUCUUCUAUUUAACAAGAACAGUGUUAUUGCAAGUUGCAAGCUCCGUGGUAACCUACGUGCUUGUAUUAAUUCAAUACGACAAUUCAGAUAAAAGCUAA